AUGUCCCCUGAGCGCAUUAACCCUGGUCGAACUAAACCUCCCAUGCGAUCCAUCCCCAAGGUCAUCUCUGGCCUCAAUAAUGUUAUCCCCGGAUCUCUAGAUGCUGUUGUCCACCUCUACGGCCGAGUCUUUAACAGUAUUAUCCCUGUCUCCAAGCCUAAAGUCGCUGAAAUAUGCAAGCUCUACGAGAACUGCCAACAGAUGAUAUGUAUUGCUUUCGCCAACGAAAUGGCUAAUGCUUGCCACAGUCUUAGUGUUAAUCCCUUUAAGGUUUGCGACGCUGCUGCUACCAAACCUUUCGGCUACAUGCCCUACACCCCCAGUCUCGGUGUUGGUGGUCACUGCAUCCCUGUCAACCCAUACUACCUCCUAUCCAACUGCGAAUUUCCCCUCCUUGAAGCCUGUGCCGACAAGAUGAACAAGCGGCCUGCCAACCUGGCGAAGCGAAUCGUCAACGAACUCAUGGGAGGCAGUAGGCUUCAGCGCCGCGACUCCGGCAUCGACAUGGCAAAGAGGGUACUCGUUGUUGGCAUGGGCUUCAAGGCUGGGCAGGACCAUCUUGUGAACUCACCUGACCUGCAAUUGGCCAGGGAAUUACAAAAGCUCGAAGUCGAUGUUCAGUUUGCCGAUUCAUUGGUUGAACAGGUUGCUGUGCCAGAUAUUCCACGACUGGAUGAUCCGGACUGGGUUAAGGAGGAGCUUGAGCAGUUCGACAUGAUUGUUGUGAGCUUUAGACAAUGGUGCAUGGACUUCAGUGUCUUGGAUCAGAUCACUGUUCCUGUCCAGAUGUGGUGUCAAUAA